AUGACCGUGGCCAAUCUUCCCCAGAAAGACUCUCCCCUUCUUCCUGUGGUCACAGAGGACCCGACGGUAAUCGACAUAGAUUUCAUCGUCUCUGGUGAACAUCACACUCACAAAUUCUCCUCAUCUCAACGUCCAACAGAGCAAGCAACGGACAGAAUGAAGCCUCACGACAAGCAGCAGGAAGACCAAAGUCAAAUCCACUCGAUCCUAUACGAUUUCCAUACAAUAUGGCUCGUCACACGCAACGAUCUCAAGUCAAUCGUGAUUCCGGAGACAGCGUUUGGCGUCUGCAGCGCUCUUUCCGGACCGAUUAUCACCUCAAACAACUCACCAGACGCUACCAGUGUCCUCAAACGGGUACCGCUCGUAGUCCUUUGGACCUGGAUCAACGUACUCAUCUUCGAUUUGGCGAACCAGCGUCUGCCAAACUCCAUCAUCGAAGACUCUAUCAACAAAGCAUGGCGUCCAAUCCCGUCCGGAAGACUAUCUGCAUGCCAAGCGAGACGUCUGCUCCUCGCCGUCCUUCCUAUCGCCACCAUCAUUACCUUCUAUACAGGUGGCAUGGAGGAAUUCAUCGUCAUGAACACGCUUGUAUAUAUGUACAAUGAUCUUGGUGGCGCCGAUGAGAACUUUGUGGUCCGGAACCUUAUCAACGCAGCAGGCUUUAUCUGCUACAGCGCCGGAGCCACACGGGUAGCAUGCGGUCAAGGCCAAUUCUCUUUGAAUGAAAAGGCCUACCAAUGGCUGGCCAUAAUUGGGGGAAUAGUCUUCAGCACCCUGCAGAUGCAGGAUAUGGCAGACCAAGAAGGAGACCGAGCAAGGAAUAGAGGGACCCUGCCCCUGGUGCUAGGUGACUGGACCGCACGAUGGACCAUUGCCGUGCCGGUCAUGUUCUGGUCAUUGGCUUGUCCGGCAUUCUGGGAGCUUGGCGUCUAUGGGUGUAUAAUGCCAGCGAUACUCGGCAGCGUGAUCGCACUCCGGGUAUUGAUCUUUCGAGACAUCGUGUCUGAUAAGACGACGUGGUAUUUGUGGAAUCUAUGGAUCACCUCCCUUUACUUGUUGCCUCUCGUCAAACUCCAUGAGUUUGGUCCUUGA